CCCAGGAUCCUUAGGUGCUUCUCUUGCCCAGAUAGGAGAGAAAGUUUCAUGGCAUAAGCCCUCCAGCGUGGGGAUUCCGACCUCACGGGGCAAUUCCCUACUGCUGUUUUGGGUGAGGUCGACAGAACUGGGGGAAGGCCAAGGAAGGUUCUGAGCGGGCUCAAGUGAGCAGGGCCUCCACAGACUUCUGCUGCCAUGGACUGGAAGACCUUACAGGGCCUGCUGAGCGGGGUAAACAAGUACUCCACAGCAUUCGGCCGCAUCUGGCUUUCUGUCGUGUUUGUAUUCCGAGUCCUGGUUUUUGUAGUGGCUGCUGAGCGGGUUUGGGGAGAUGAGCAGAAGGACUUUGACUGCAACCACCGGCAACCUGGUUGCACCAACGUCUGCUACGACCACUUCUUCCCCAUCUCCCACAUCCGCCUGUGGGCCCUGCAGCUCAUCUUUGUCACCUGCCCCUCGCUGCUGGUCAUCAUGCAUGUAGCCUACCGCGAGGACCGGGAGAGGAAGAAUAGGGAGAAGAAUGGAGAAAACUGUCCCAAGCUUUAUAGCAACACAGGCAAGAAGCACGGUGGCCUUUGGUGGACUUACCUCUUCACCCUUUUCUUCAAGUUAGCCAUUGAGAUUGUCUUCCUCUACAUUCUUCAUAGGAUAUGGGACAGUUUUGACCUGCCACGCCUGGUCAAAUGUGUAGACUUGCCCCCAUGCCCAAACAUUGUGGACUGCUAUAUUGCACGGCCUACAGAGAAGAGGGUGUUCACCUACUUCAUGGUAGGUGCAUCUGCCAUCUGCAUUGUCCUCACUGUGUGCGAGAUCUUCUACCUCAUCUUCAAGCGGGUUGUCCGGUCAGCGCAGAAGUGGAAGAAGAACAAGAAGUCUCUCUCUUACAGCAAGGCGUCUACCUGCCAGUGCCAUUUGCGAUUGGAGCAACCGCUGGAUGGAAAAGCCAACCUUCUCCAAGAGAACCAAGUCCUCGAUGUCCAAAACCCAAAGCCAUAUAACUCAACUGGACAUGUCUGUGGAUCUGCUACCAAACUUUCACCUGAAGGGGGACAAAGUAUCUGAGACAUUUUGACAGAAGCCAAAAGAGCUGCCAUAGGUCAAAUGUAUUGUGGAAAGGAGAGGACUGGCUCAUUGCUACAUAAUGUACGCUUGUGUUCACAUGAGUAUAAACAGCAUUAGAUGACACCACCUUAUUUCUGAACUGUCUACACACUGUUUAUAUGGAAGACCAUGUUUCACCAAAAGGAAGGCUUAUGAGUUCUUUGCUGUGCUUUCUUGGGAGGAAGUAAAUUCUCCUUCCUGUGGUAUAACAGGAGCACCCUGGGAAGAAAUGAAGAGGGGUUUACUCUGGUAGCAGUUAAACUUGCCUCUGGAAACAGAGCCUAAAGUGAAAUUUGAAACAAAUUAGAGAUGUUCUGUCUUAGGGGAGAUAGGGUUUCCAGCUGCUCAGAGAAAUAAUGUUCUGUCCUUUUGAUACAGGUUUAAUUGGAUGUUAUUUACCUGAUGACAUUAUUUACCUCUAUGCCAUGAGAAAUUUCCACUGCCAAUUUCUACACAUUAUGGUUGAAUCUGCAUUUGAAUUUUUAAAUCAGUUUCGUGCUCCUGUG